CGUUAAACUAUGGAGGAUUAAAUCACGUGUGAAGGAUCGAUUCGAAAUUGAAAUUGUUCAUUUGGCCGUCGUGUGAAAUUGCGAUUCGACCGAAUUCCGGCUUCGACUUACGAUCGUCGUUCUCUGGGCUUCCCAUCGAUCACCGUCGCCUAGGUCGAUUCAACCUCGAGAUGGCUUUACAAACGCCUUAUUUGGACGCUAUUCAAAUAAUCCCCGGUGACACUCCUGGCGAUAAAUUCCGAUGGAUAGCGAAUCUAAUAAAGGAACGAUUGUCCGAAUGUAACAAUCUGGAAGAUGUAGUCGAGUCGGAGAAAGUUCCAAGGAUGCUGGCUCCUCUUAUACAGGUGCAAGCCGCAAUAAUGCUGAACAAGAAAGAUCCCAGUGACCAGAACGCGUAUAGCGCAAUCGCUGAGGCGCUUAAAUCUGACGAUGAAAUAGUAGUUUCCAGAGCAUUGCAAGCGAGCAGUUUCUUUGACGGAAGCAACAAAACCAUCACAAACGUUCGAUACUUCUUCGACAAUCUGUUCCCUCAUGUUUCUUUAAAUACCAGAACGCGGAUCAUAAAAAAUUUGACGAUUCAUCUAGCGCCUAAAAAUCCCGGUCUGGCCGAAGAAUUUUUUACUGCGGUGGCUUCGUUUUAUGGACUGGAGCAAGCAUUGCCAUUGUUGUUAGCUUGCAGCGAAACUUUCACAUACGAUACCAUCGUGGAGAAAAAAAUCGUUCUAAGUCGUAGGUUCAUCAAACAAAUUUUCCGUAAGAAUCCAAAUUUCGUCGUACGUUAUCUGAGACUGAGCAAACCGAACAUGGAUCCAUGCGCGCGGAACCUUCAUCCAGUGGACAUCUUCGACUUAAGCGAUUUCUUACCGUUGCUGAUCAAAAAACGAUUGAACUUGUUCGUGGAGCUGUACGAAAUGCACGAGAACCUAAAACCAAACGUGCGUCUUAGUAACAAAUGCGCGGAGGCAUUCUUGAAGAACGGCAAGGAGCACCUGAUGCGGAAACCGAAACUUUAUAUUAAUUUAGUUCCAUUAAAAAUGAUCAGUCAGAAUCAUCUGGAAUCGAUAUUUCCUAGAUUGUUCCCCGAGACUCCGGAGAACGUGUCGAUUCCCAAAAUGUUGAAUUAUCUGAGUUAUUAUCAACAAGAGAAGAAAGUCGAUUUACUAUUGAAAUCUUACCAACAAGUUUACGGAAAAAGUAUUCUGGAUAAUCCGGAUUUAAUAACGGCAGAUUUGUUGGUGCUGUUGCCAUCCGAGGAACGAGUGAAACAAGUGAGGAUCAAAUUGGAGAACGAAGAUAAACCACGGUCGAAAAUUGACUACUUGAACAACUGGACAUGUUAUUUGCCGAUCGAGGAAUCGAUACCUAAAUUCAAGGAAGAGAUCGGCAGAACCUCGGAGAUGGAAAUUAGAUCGGCGAUAGCAUGCAAAAUGAUCUAUUCGUGCAAGGUGAAUAACGACGAGCAGGCUCUGUUGGACGUACUCACGUAUCUCAAUAACAGACACAAGAACGAGCAAGCUUGGUUCCUACUGAACGUCUUUAACGCUUUAUUAAAACUUUAUGACCUCUUUCAAUUGAACGACGCUUGCUGGACAGUUCUCCUACAGAUGAUUAUGCGUCUCUACGUGAAGAAGGAUUUAAUGCCAGGUAAUUCUGCCAGUGUGAAGAUAGUGGAGGAAGCUAUCCACCAUAAAAUUCUUCAGAAUCAGUCAUUCGAUAAAACGAUCGACAUACUGGUGGAUCUGAUGAGUAUGAGAUGCACAGAACACUGGAAUAUUCUUCAAAAGUAUCCAGAACACGAGAAGAUAUGUUUAGAGGCAUGCGUGAAGGUGGUCUCAGAGAAAUAUGAUUCCGACAAGACGCCUUGGAAAGAAGACAAGGUCGGAAUUCUUUACGACCUAUGCGCUUCGAUCUACUAUUUCAACGAGUGCCAUCAAGUGGAGAUCAAGAACAAUCAUUUAGAACGUAUGACCAUCAAGAAUUACCCAUGGUUGAUGCAAGCAGUAGACGAAAUCCUAUCAACAAGCCACGAACACAAGCAAAGAAAUGUCUAUAUCGUCCAGAACCUGUUGGGUAUACUAAAGACGCACGAAGAAGAUCUUUACAAACGUUAUCGACCGGAAACGAGUAAAGCGGACGAUGUGGUAGCGGGCGUGGCUAUCGCGAAACUGAAGGGAAAUCCGAAGGACGUUUUGGUUAACUGGAAGGAGUAUUUGGAAGCUUGUCAGAAAACCUGGUACAAUUCUUACGCGAAGCGCUUCGUGAAAGCUACUCGUUGGUACAAGGAUAUUCCUCUCAGAUUCGUUGAACAGUGUUUCGAGGAUUUAAUCCAGAAGAAAGAAGAAGACUGUUUAGAUAUACUGGCCGUACUCGUCUACGGAUUCACCUUCGAGAAGAUCAUUACGCCCCUGCUACCAGCUAAUGCAAAAAUAGACGUUCAUGACGAAGAAGCGGGAGUCAAUUACGGUCUGAUUUAUCAUACGAUCAAUGGCAUGAAAAUUGCCAAUCCACCGGUUUCCUUAACUAUUUUGGGCAAGCUAUGCGAUGAUGAGUAUCUGUCAGCAGCACUGACUGCUCUUACGAACGUUUGUAGAAGGACCAACGCGAUGGACGUGAUUGUAUUCGCGAGGACACUGACUACACAAAGAGUGUCCGUACGGAAACACGGAAUAAGAUUGAUGUACAUGGUGGCGCCUCGUCAGGAGUUACUCAAGUUCCUUCGCGCGCAGUGGGAGACCGAGAAGCACCACUCCAUCCGAGAAAUUCUCUUUGUGAAGACGAUGCAACUUUUCCAGCAGGAGCCGGGGCCCGACAAUUGGUCACUGCUCGCUCACGUAAUUUCUACGCUCGCGCCAAACGACGUCGUCGAUUUCAAGAAGGCGUUAUCAUUUCUGGCCAUGACUCCGGACGAGUACGUGGCGGAUUUUAUGAAACUGGCGUUGAACGCGAUCGACAAUUUCGAGAAGGUUGGCGUGGAUCAAGACGUUGUGAACGUCUACAUUAGCGAGAUGUUGAGCAAGGCAGGCGCAGCUAUUUGCAAUCUUCUGCCGGAGGAUUUUAUUAGGGAAUUAAUCCGCAGAUUCUUGUUCCAUCAAGAAUCAGAAGUUUCCCGCUGCGCCGGUAUGUUCGUGAUAACCGCGCUGCUUCAUCCGGCUAAGGAAAAAUUCGACAAGCGGAUGAGAAUGUUUUCCGACGUAUUCACGGAGGUGGUGAAAAAUGGCUGGAAUGUCCCGCAUCCGAAAUAUCUUCGUUUCUACCCGGUGAACAACGCUGUUCACCGUUUCAUCGAGCUAUUUGUCGAAUCGUUUUCGUAUCUGGACAUCAUGGAACUACGUCUGAUCGAUGGGAUCCUAUCCGUAUUCCUAUCCGUAUUGGAGCCACAGAUGGACGCAAAAUCGUAUUUGCUGCUGAUUUAUGUGAAAGAACAGGCAAUCGUGAAGACGCCCAAAGAAUUCGGAAUCAAGAUAGGAGAAAUGAUACCCAAACUGUUCGAAAUCUUUACACCGUUGUUCACUUUUUUCAUAAUCGAUACGCUACAACAUUUCCUGGAAAUGUCCACAUUCCCUGAGGACCAAAAUUUAAAGAUAAUUGAGGGACUGGUGGAGGUCGGAUCGAUCGAGGCGAUAGUGACCGCGGUAAAACUGUUGUCCGUCCAGCCGAUCCAGUUUGAGGAGAAAUACAACAAUCUGAUCACAAGAUUUUCGGAGCACGACCAUCCGGUGAUAAGAAGCAUCGUCUGUGAUAUAAAUAAUAGAACGCGUUUGCCCGUUUCUCCGAAGUAGUAAUGAUAUUUUUCUCCAUUCCCUGUCAAGUAGCAGACAAUGUGAAAUCUGAUAAUUCAUUCUAAUAUACUAAGUUUCUUGGUGUCACAACCGUGGAUUGCACGUGUGUCUUUCAUUUAUAGAUUUUUUAAAUUAUCCUUAGAAUUAUGUAUCAUAGUUCAGCGAGUUUCAAGACUCUAAUAUAUCAAAUAAAUGAAUUCUAAGA